AUGCAUUCUCCUCAUCGUGUCAUAAAAUCAUCUCUAAUGUUUGCUACAAAUCAUUCAGGUUCUCUGUCAACAACAUGGCAUACAAUGGUGGAAGAAGCUGAUGAUUGGCUGCGCUAUGGCAAUCCUUGGGAAAAAGCCCGCCCUGAAUACAUGCUUCCUGUACAUUUCUAUGGUCGAGUAGAUCAUACCCCUAAUGGGGUUAAAUGGGUUGAUACUCAGGUUAUUCUUGCCAUGCCUUAUGAUACCCCAGUUCCUGGAUACAAGAACAAUACAGUUAAUACCAUGAGACUGUGGUCAGCCAAGGCACCCAAUGAUUUCAACCUCGAAGAAUUUAAUGUUGGUGAUUAUAUCCAAGCUGUGUUGGAUAGAAACCUAGCAGAAAACAUAUCCAGAGUGUUGUACCCUAAUGAUAAUUUUUUUGAAGGAAAGGAAUUGCGUCUGAAGCAGGAGUACUUUGUGGUAGCUGCCACUCUCCAGGACAUCAUACGACGAUUCAAGUCUUCCAAAUUUGGAUGCCGUGACCCAGUGAGGACCUGUUUUGAAACCUUCCCAGACAAGGUUGCCAUUCAGCUAAAUGACACUCACCCAGCGCUUUCCAUUCCUGAGCUCAUGAGAAUCUUUGUUGAUGUUGAACAGAUGGAGUGGGAUAAGGCCUGGGAAAUCACAAAACGAACCUGUGCAUACACCAAUCAUACAGUGCUGCCUGAGGCCCUGGAGCGCUGGCCGGUGUCUAUGUUUGAGAAGCUCCUGCCCAGGCAUCUGGAGAUCAUUUACAUUAUCAACCAAAAGCAUUUGGAUAUUCAAAGAUUUCUACGACAUAGAGCCAGAAAAAUUUCAAAACAAAACCAAUGGUAUCACUCCCAGACGAUGGCUUCUGCUGUGUAACCCAGGACUCUCCGAAGUCAUUGUGGAGAGAAUUGGGGAAGAUUUCCUAACUGAUCUUAGCCAGCUAAAGAAGCUGCUGGAUUUUGUCAACGAUGAAGCCUUUAUUAGGGAUGUAGCUAAAGUUAAACAG